CCAGGGAGGGGGGCGGCUUGGGGGCAAAGUGACCGAGCAGGAGAAGGAGGGGGGCAGAAAACACGGAGAAGAGACAGUCUCUGCGUCCAGUCCAACCUCUCUGCCUGCCAUCUCAGCCCCCAAGUUUUCCUCCCGCUUCCCCGGGAAAACAAGACUGCCUGGGACCACCAACAGAGGUGCAGAGAGUCCAGGAGGGAGGCGGAAAGUGGGGAGGGGGAAAUCUCUCUUUGCAAGCCCUUCUUGGGGUCCCCCCAAAAAUCUGCAGCCCAGCCACGCGCUCUGUCCUGGAAGAGGCUGGAAGAGGAGGAGCGGCAGCAACAACAGACUUGGAUAAGACACCACUGCCCCACUCCCUCUGGAGAGAGAAAGAGAGAGAGAGAGAAAUCCAUCAGGUUGGGGAAGGCAGGAGAGCUACACCAGGAGAACUUCCACCUGCUUCCAGGGGCUCAGAUCACCUGCACAUUUAAAAAGACAGGCGUCCAUCUGUCCAUCCUACAGCCAAGACGUUACCUGCCUCUGCUGUUUUUCUGAACUCAGCUCUUGACUCCAGACCGAUGGCCAGGAGGGAGCUGGAAAGGUCUUGAAACUGGGGGGGGUCUCCCCUCACCCCAGGAGAAGAGGGGCUUUGUGGCAGAGAGAACGGGCUGCUACGCAGAUGGUGAGGUUGCGAAAGGCGCCUGGUCUUCCCUAAACCGACGGCACGAAUCAGAAGGCGAUGGGGUCAGGAAGCCACGGCCAGAUUGGCAUGUUUCCCUUGGCUUCCAUCUCCUUGACUCUCUCCGCGAUGAUGUUGACGGCCAGCCUCUGCCAAGCCGCCGAGAAGGUUCCCCGUAGGAGACCUCGCCAGGCCGCCGAGGACGACCGCCCCGGGAGCCGGGUGCCCGGCCUGUGGAGCGCCUGGGCAUCGUGGUCAGCCUGCUCGCAGCCCUGCGGCCUGGGGGUCAUGGAAAGGACUCGUGCGUGCCAGUCCCCGUACCAGCGCGUCCCCUGGGCCGGCCAGCCAGAGCUGGCCCCGCAGCCGCUGUACCCUCCACAGGCCCACGAGAACCGGCCCGCUAGCCCUUACCCGGGCCGGCCAUCCUACCCUCUCCACACCGAGGGCAGUGCCAGGCCAGGUCUGCCCUUCCGCGGCUCAGCCCUGACCCUCCAUGGCCAGGCCCAGCCACCUCGCACCCCGCGCCUCGGACCCCAGAACCGCCACACCCGCCACCAGGCGCUCCCGGCCGAGGAACUGCCCUCGCGAGACGGCGUUGUGCUGCAGCAUGGCCGCCGGAGGGACCCUGCUCCCGUGCAGGAGGCUGGGGUCCACCCGCCGAGGCAUCGGGGGAACCAGGAAUCUCGCCGGACCCCCAACCAGCCCUUCAGGCAGAGUGCAGCCGCCCGGACCCCCGUCCGGGACGCCAUCCCCUUGUUCAAACCCCUGAGGAGGGACAGCCCUGAGGUGGGCUUGAGCCCCGACCGGCCGCGCCACGGUGGUCAAGGGGACAGUGACCACCGCAGCUGGGCCGCCUCUCCUACGCCGGAGUCGCCGGUGGCCCGGAGGUCCCGGGUUCGAGAGGCGAUCAAGCCAGGCAAGUAUGGCUACGGGAAGCUGCCAUUCGCCUUGCCCCUCCACACAGACGUGGCCGAGGGGACCCAGCCCCGUUUCAAGAGGCACCACGGAGGCAGAGGCGGGGAACGCCCGUCCCCGCCGCCCCCUCCCCCGCCCCCACCUUCCAAAAAACAGAGGCGCAAAGCUGUCCGCUCUUCCUCCCGCGAGGAAGAGGAGCAGGAGGAAACUGGCCGGGCGAAGAGGCCCCUGAGCUCCGGGGCCGAACCCAGGACCCCCCUGAAGCCAAAACAGCCUCUGCUGGCGGACGCUGCUGCCCAGCCCCAUGCACAGACUGGUGAGGGGGUGAAGAGCCAUUUGGGGCACAGCCACUCAGAGGGUCACGGGCACAUGGCAAACAGAGGGGGCACGGCGGACACAGAGCAGCCCACGGAACCGGGUACGGGCACGCCGCAAAAGAGCGAAUCUUCACGGGAAGCAGAGCAUCGUGGGAAGGCAGCAGCAAGCUCUCUAGCGUCGCAUGGCGAGGCUCAACAGGCAGGGGGCGCCACAGCACCUUCAGGGAACCAGCAUCUCCCAGAAUCCUCUGCAAGGCCUCACGAGAAGCGUCUCCCAGAAUCCUCUGCAAGGCCCCACGAGAAGCAUCUCCCAGAAUCCUCUGCAAGGUCCCACGAGAAGCGUCUCCCAGAAUCCUCCACAAGGCCUCACGAGAAGCGUCUCCCAGAAUCCUCUGCAAGGCCCCAAGAGAAGCGUCUCCCAGAAUCCUCUGCAAGGCCUCAAGAGAAGCGUCUCCCAGAAUCCUCUGCAAGGCCCCACGAGAAGCAUCUCCCAGAAUCCUCUGCAAGUUCCCACGAGAAGCGUCUCCCAGAAUCCUCUGCAAGUUCCCACGAGAAGCGUCUCCCAGAAUCCUCUGCAAGUCCCCACGAGACGCCUGAAGUGGCAGAGAGUUCCACGGGCGGCUCGAUCCCCACGUCAGGCGGUGGCGGAGAGGGAGGCGGCCACCCCACAGCGGCCGUGACGCAUUCCUCCUCCCAGGGGCCCUCCGUGGCUGGCAGCCCCCUUCCCCAUGCACAGGGGGAACUGCGGCUGACCCACCACGUCCUCAGAAACAACGGCUCUUCUGCCAAGAGGAAGGGGCCCGGGGCGGGCAAGAGCCACCGGGCCACGCCGGAGCCGCCCCGCCGCCCGGAGAGCAGCUCCGUGGCGCAGCCUGAUGGGGCGGGACACGCGAACCGCCCGCCCCACGGGCAAUCCCGGUCCCGGAACCAGAGGCAAAACGAGCACCAGGCGGGCGGCCAGGGCAGGCGGCCGUCACACAGCCUCUUUGUGGACCAGCCCAUGGCUCCUCGUCCUGCGGAGCCGGACAUUUGGCUGCUGCACCGGGGCAACCCUGUUCAGUUCCACGCCAGGGGGCAGCCGGGAGGAGUGCGCCCGGGUGGCGAAGUGCCGCAGUGGAACCUCUAUUAUCCUGGCACCGAGACCUUCCACUGCGAAGGGGAGAGCAAGCAAUUCAAGGCUUGCAGGCAAGAGCCGUGCCCGCCUGAUCGACCUGAUCCUCGGGCCGUCCAGUGUGCGGCAUACAACAACCAGGAGUUCAUGGGACGCCUGUACCAGUGGGAGCCCUUCACGGACGUUCGGGGGUCCCAGCGCUGCGAGCUGAACUGCCGCCCCAUCGGCUACCGCUUCUACGUGCGACACACGGAGAAAGUGCAGGAUGGGACCCCGUGCGAAUCCUCCUCCCAGGACAUCUGCGUGGCCGGGCAGUGCCUUACCCCCGGUUGCGACGGGGUCCUGGGUUCGAAUCGCACGCUGGACAGCUGCGGGGUUUGCGGCGGGGACCACACCACCUGCAAGCUGGUCGUGGGGAAUUUCAGCGACACAGACGUGCCCAUUGGGUACCAUCGCAUCCUGGAGAUCCCGGCGGGCGCCACCCGAAUCCAGGUUAAAGAGAUGACCCGCAGCCCUAACUACCUGGCCCUUCGGAGCCACAGUGGCAAAUCCAUCAUCAACGGGAACUGGGCGGUGAACCCGCCAGGGCGCUACGAGGCAGCUGGCACCGUCUUUGUGUACAGCCGCCCAGGAAGCGACCGGAGGGAGGGCGAGUCCCUGACCGCAGAGGGUCCCACGACAGAACCUAUAGAUGUGUAUAUGAUCUUCCAGCAAGACAAUCCUGGUGUCUCUUACCAGUUCUUCCUGGCCUCUGUGCAGCCAGAGACCCCCACUCCUGACCUACGUAGCCCCCGUCAGGACUUUGGUGCCUUGACUGUGGUUUCCUCGGGCAACCAGAUGGAGCCCCCACCCAGCCACCAGCGCCCUGUGCCCGCAGAUGCCAGGAACCUCAGCCCGGCCCGCCUCCCAGCUUCUUCUGGCCAAUCGGGGAGGAGCCGUGGCGCGGCUCCGCCCCCUCCUGUCUCGUCCGGCCAAUCAGGGAGGAGCCCCGGGACCCUGCAAAGGAACGUCCGCGUCCCACCCCUCCCGCCCCCUCCCCCUCCUGUCCAGCACGGCUCGGACCCCCUGCAGGACUUCUACUGGAGGCGUAUUGGCAACACCGACUGCUCUGCCACCUGUGGGAAAGGUUUCUGGCAGUCUGUCUACCAAUGCAUCUCUCGCGUUACACAAGAGGAGGUGGGGGAGGAGAAAUGCCACCUGAUCCCCAAGCCCAUCGUGUCGGAGGAAGCCUGCAACACGGAGCCUUGCCCAGCCUACUGGGAGGCGGGCGAGUGGUCAGCCUGCAGCAAAUCCUGUGGCCUGGGCACCCAGCACCGCCAAGUCCUGUGCCGGCAGAUCUACGCCAACCGCAGCACCAUGGUGCACCCCCAGAGGUGCGCACAGCUGGAGAAGCCCAAUGCCACUCAGGCCUGCCAAGUCCAGGUUUGCAGCCGCUGGGAAGUCCGAACUAACUGGAGCUCGUGCUCGGUCCUCUGCGGCACCGGACUUCGGACGCGCCAUGUCCGCUGCGUCAGUAACCACGGCGACUUGCUCCGCGACAGCGACUGCCCGGGGAACCAUCGGCCGAAGACCAGCGAAGCUUGCGACAUGGGGCCUUGCGUGCGCACCUGGUUCUACAGCGACUGGAGCAACACGUGCUCAGCCGAGUGUGGGACGGGGAUCCAGCGGCGCUCGGUGGUCUGCCUUUCGAGCGCCGCCAACGGGCAGGUAGAGGAGAACUGCGCCGGCACCAAACCAGCCGACAUGAGGGCAUGCAAUGGCGGUCCGUGCCAGAGGGUCAACCGGUGGUACACUGGGCCAUGGAGUCCGUGCUCGUCGGACUGCAGCACGGGCACCCAGCGGCGCGACCUCAUCUGCGUCAGCAAGCUGGGCGCUGAGUUCAACGUGACGGACGCCUCAGACUGUGCCCACCUGGAGAAGCCGCCCUCCUUGCAGCCCUGUGUGGGCACGACUUGCGAGGCCCGCUGGUUCUCCACCGCCUGGAGCUCCUGUUCCAGGUCCUGCGUUGGGGGUGUCCAAGUGAGAGAGGUCCAGUGUCUCACCCAAAACAAGACUCUGAGCAACCUCUGUCCACCAGAUCUCAAGCCCAUCAAGAAACGGCCUUGCAACGUUCAGCCCUGCCUCCUGGACCUAGAUGAGAACUGCAGGGACAAAUACCACAACUGCCCGGUGAUCGUGCAGGCCCGCCUCUGCGUCUACUCCUACUACAAAGCCGUCUGUUGUGCCUCAUGUACCCACGCCUUGGAGAGGCGCCACGCCGGACCGAGCCGAUAGCGCCGGCGAGCGGGCGGGAUCCUGGACUCCUCGCACUUUUACCUGAACCGGGGACGAGUGAAUAUAUUUCGCGGGCUGCGGGAGCCCCCGUCAUCUGCAAAAAACCCCAACCCCAUCCACUGGAGAGGGAUCGUGGCAAAGGCAUUGAAGGACCAAAUGGGAUUCGAACUCGAGGCUUGAGAAAUUCCUAUCAGCGUCCUCUCCUCUGCUCUCUCCAGAAGGAGUAUUUCAUACUGUACCCCAGUAUUUCCAGAGAAACCUACCCCAAACUACAGACUCAUCGUACUUCCUGCAUUUCCUUUUAAGCUGUCCCCUUUCACGGAGGCCAGGAAGAGGGGAGGCGAAUUGCGACGGCACGCACGGCGUUCUGGCAGACCCACAGGUGAUUUUGGUGGCCUUGGCUUUUAAGGAACUCCCAAGGGGUACUUUUGCACCCCGCUCGGCCUCCUCCCUCCCUCCUUGAAGACACACCGCCAAAAUUUUGGUUCCCUCCCGUGAAGCCAUCCCCAAUCCCAUUCACACACACACACAGAGACCCCGAGACGCUCAUUUUGCAACCAGCUAAAAGGAGGCCAAAAUUGCCUGCACAGUUCCAACUUCAGCUUGUUUUGGGAAACGACGCUACGGAUCGUGCACGGAUGACCUGACAUUGCCGGCGCUGGGUUCGAUUCCUCGCAGAAGCCCUUUGGAAACGCACGGGACAUGAUGUGGAGUUCUGUGGUGGGUGGCUUCGGUCCCCGAGGCCUGGGAACUUGCCUGAGACAAAGCCCAGAUGGGGAGGGAGCUCUCGACCCAAUCUAUACCACCCCGGCCAGUAAAACCCCGCCAGCUGCGGCAAAAAAAGGCCGGUGGGUGGACUGGAACUCGGAGCCCUUGCAGUUCCACGCGCUCCCUUCCAGAGGGCAGCACUGAGUCUGACGCCUCCCGGCCAUAUUGGCUUUGCUCUAGUAUUCCCUUAGGGAAGCGAAAAAUAUGCAUAUUUUUUCCCCUCCUGAAAAUAUACAGUAUUGGUGCUACUUUGGAUUGUGGGGAAACCUGAUUAGCAGCCGAGCAAGACGGUUUCUACAAUCUUGCCACUGUUUCCCGAUUUACAGUAGGAAGGGGGGACCUGCGAACCCCCAAAGGUCACUGGACUCCAGCUCCCCGCAGCCAGCAUGCCCAAUGGUGAUGGAAGUGGUCAAGUAACAAGCCCAAACUCCCACGGUCCAGAAUGGACCUGAAUUCCCUCAGUUUUGAGGAAACAACACAGAAGGCAAACGCUUCUGCAGGAAGACUGAUCAGGCUCGCCAAGCCAGCUUCCCAACUCGCAAGUCGCAGCCGGGUUUUCCACGCAGUUCUUGAGGUUGCCAACUUUUUCCGCCUGCCCGUGCUCCUCUGUCAUCGACAUCAAUUCUGCUCCUCUCCAUCCCCAGAGAGAAGCACAGCGGAUUUUUGUUUUUACACGUCAAGGUGUCCCUUAAAGGCACAAGAGCUUUGGUUUUUGCUGAAGUUCGCAACCUUAGCACUCAGAGAGGUUUCCUUCCUCCUUCCUAGCCCGGACGGUGUUGCCAAGUGACCAGAAAAGCCAGCCCGGCCUGCUGCCAUGUUUCCAAGAGGAGCUUUGCCUGCAGAAACGUGGAAGCGAAGCUCCUCUUACAGCCUAGAGAUAUUUUUUUUUUAAAGCGGCUUGACGAUGUCUGUAGAUGACACGGCUGCUAAACGCACAGGUGCAGGUCUCAGUGAAACAGUUGGCAACCCUCACCUCUAGAAACAGGAA